AUGCAGUGGCAUCAAUCACAUCACGUAGGCAGCUCGCAGCCUGGCUCUGCUCGUCAGAGCGAAGCUCAGCGCGGAACUGCGGAUUUGCCGAGCGGUUUGCCCAUGACCAGCAGCUCUUCGCACCCAUACUCGCCACAGCUAGGAUCGUUCACACUUCCACCAGAUCAAUACUACGACAGUCCGGCGCGUGCCCGAGCUGCCUCGAACGCUCCGCUCAAAAGAGGCGAUGCUGGGCUCACAGUCGCAUCGAGCAGCAGCCAAGCUCUCACUGCGUCUCCCGGUAGUGGUCCAACCACGCAGCAAGCCGAGCCUGCUGGUGCCUACGAGAUUUUCGUGGGAGACCUCAGCAAAAACAUCAAUGACUCAGCUUUACGAUCUGCAUUUGCGUCUUUUCCAACUCUCAUCGAUGCUCGUGUGAUGUGGGACACAUCGAGCGGCAAAUCACGAGGCUACGGCUUUGUAACGUUUCAUUCAAGAGCCGAAGCGGAACAAGCGAUCGCUGUCAUGAAUGGAGAGGUGCUUGGUGCGCGCCCAGUCCGCGUCAACUGGGCAACCGUCAAGAAGCCGGCCAGCGAAUCAGCAGCCAAGCCUCAGGUGCCGGCGCCGAGACCGAGCCAUGCCAUCGGGUUAGGCAUGCCGCCAACAGCAGGCGCUGCUUCGGGCACGCCGCUGAGCUAUCAAACGGUGUACAACUCAGCGCCGCUUGACAAUACGACAAUUUAUGUUGGGAAUCUGCCACCCAUGACGAGCGCUGGCGAUCUCGUCAUGAUCUUCUCUCAGUUCAGUACCAUCCAAGUCCAGGACGUCAGGAUGCAACCAGAUAAAGGGUUCGCAUUUGUGCGUCUCGACACUCACGAAAACGCCACCAGAGCAAUCGUUCUGGCCGCUGGUCAUGUCUUACACAAUCAGCGCAUCAAAACGGGAUGGGGCAAGGAUCGUUUGGAAACCAACAUGCGAAGAGCAGCGAUAGCGGCGCGUGCGGCUGCGGCUUCUGGCAUGGUUCAAGGCACAGAUGCAUACGGUAUGCCUAUGCUGGCAGGCUUUCCUGCGCAGGCCGGGCAAGGACAAAGCCCAAUGUACAACAUGAGCCUGAUGAUGCAAACUCCAAACCCUGCCUACCCGGUGUAUCCUGGUGCGCCAACAAACCAGCCGGGCUCUGCGAAUCUGCCUUCCGUCUCGCGCAAUUUCUUGUCGACAGAACAGCCAGCGCAGCUGUCGCUCGUGGCGCCGCCGUAUGCUUCAGCUUCAGGCCCACCUCAAGUAGCAGUGGUCGGCUACGGCGACCUUCCGCAGCAGCAGGUCGAUUUGCGACCUAGCCAAGGCUGGCCAACGCAGGGUCCGCCACAGCCCCCCGGAACGCUUUAUGCUCAAUCGUAUCCCACGCAGUCAUCCGAAUCUGCCCUGCAGCAGGAAGUCCCCCAUCUUCAGCGACAGUACGGCCCGGAUCCGACUCGACCAGAUCCUUCGCGUCGCGGGACCUGA